AUGUCUCCCAACAACUCAAUCCUGAAGCCUGGACACCAAGACCACGAUGACACUCAAGUGCAGCUGCCUCAACCCGUCAUCACGAUAUUGGGAUGUCAAUCUGCUACCCCAGGUCGCCAACACACGCUCAACGCAUACGCAUUUCAGCAGGACGCCAUAGUCACCUUCAACGGUUACCAGUACGCAGCAUACUGGUCCAACAACGGACCGAACGACGGUGACACUCUGUAUCUUUGCGUGGCCAGAAGACACCUACGGCCCCGUUCCGACGUGCCGGUCAAGAACAACAGCGACGAAACCAGGAAGCCUUCCAACACUGAGGGUGGACUCGACGAAACGGCCUACGAAUGGCAAAUCCUCGAGCUUCGUGACUACAUGCAAACUGUCGAUGAUGGCCACAACACCGUCUCGCUUGGAAUAUGCCCGGGUGAUGGAACGAUCCAUCUGGCAUUCGAUCACCACUGUGACAUCCUUCGAUACCGCUACUCAAAGCGGGACGUGGCCACUCAGCCCCAUGCCGUCAGUUGGCAUCCAGACAUCUUCUCGGCCACUCUUGACCACCUUCCGGGAAUCGCGUCCCUGCACAAGCCCCUCCGCGACGUGACAUACCCCCGGUUUGGCUUCCUCGGCGAGAAAAUGUUCUUCUCCCACCGCGACGGCAAGGCUGGACUUGGCAACGACCAUCUUUACACCUACGACGGCAAAGACGGUGGCUUCAAGUACAUCGGCGACUACCUGACAGGCGUACAGAGCAACCCGUACGUCAACGGGAUUACCUCCCGCAAGGGGGUCCUCCACGUCACUUGGGUAUAUCGAGGCUUUGUGGAAUAUCCGGGGUGGGACGAUCCGCUCGAUACCAAACACAAGCAACAGGCGGGACCUAACGGGGCCGAAAACAACCAUAACAUAUGUUAUGCGCAUAGUGAGGCCGACGGAUGUGUAUGGAAGAACGGCCAGGGUGAAGUGAUUGCCGACUUGAGGGAUCCCGUCAGUUUUUCCCACGACCAACGGGGAAAAGAGCGCACCAUAAGAAACGAUGCCUGUGGAAUCGUGGCCUUUGAAAUACCCAAGGGCAAGGGACUGAUGAACCAAGAGGCACAGGCGGUUGACCAAGCGGGAGGAGUACACGUCUUGAACAGAGAUAUGAUGGAUGAAGGGAGAACGUACCUGUGGAAACAUUAUUACCGGUCACCAGAUGGGACGUGGACGCAGCGGGCACCGCAAGCCAUCAACGAAGGCAGCAAACGUGGCCAGCUAGCCAUCAGUCAAACCGGCGAUUUAUACACAAUUCUCCCAAACUCGGCCACGAAGAGCAUGCGGAUCUUGAGGGCCACCAGGAAUAGUGGAUACACCGAUUACCGAGAAGUUUGGAGAGGAGACGGCCUUGGCGGCGAACCGCUGGUAGACUCAGCCAGACUGGAAUAUGACAACGUGCUGUCUGUCUUUGCUCGCCACGAUCCCGUCGAUUCGGCUGAGCACCCCAGGGAGGAGAGUCAAGCUGUCGCCAUCCUUGACUUUGAGCUGCCCAUGUGA